AUGUCGCAGCUCAACCUUGCAAACGAGAAGCUAGCCAACCCUCUCGCUGGCCUCUCGCAGGAGCGGCUUCUUGCCGAUGCCGCGACGUUCGCCCGCGCCCACGGCCUGGAGGCAUACACGGAGGCGAUCCAGAAGGGCGCCUUGGUCGCGCAGGACCCGGUGGCGUUCGAGGGUCUCUCGAUGCUCACGGACGAGGACAAGAGAGUGCUUCGGCGCGAGUUCACGCACAAAUGGGACCAGCCGUUCAUGCUCUACUACCUCGUCGUCAUGUGCUCUGUCGCCGCGGCCGUGCAGGGGAUGGACGAGUCGGUGAUCAAUGGCGCGAACCUGUUCUUCCCGUCGCAGUUUGGCAUCGAUCCUGGGAAUUCGCCUGGGUCAGGGAACAGCAGGAACCAGUGGAUCCUGGGAUUGGUGAACUCUGCACCCUACCUUUGUUGCGGUCUCAUCAGUUGCUGGUUGACGGAUCCGACAGCUCAUAGAUUACUCGGCCGGCGCGGGACAAUCUUUGUUGCGGCCAUGUUCUGUUUCCUUACUUGCAUCUGGCAAGGUGUGACAAACUCCUGGCCUCAUUUGUUCAUAGCCCGCUUCGUCCUAGGGUUCGGUGUCGGACCGAAGAGCGCAACCGUUCCUGUGUACUCGGCCGAAUGUUCGCCCCCGCUCAUUCGCGGUGCCUUAGUAAUGAUGUGGCAGACGUGGACGGCGUUCGGAAUCAUGCUUGGCUACGUCAUGGACCUCGCGUUCGAGAACGUCCCUGAUCCUAAGCACGCCAAUAUCACUGGCCUCAGGUGGCGUCUCAUGCUCGGAAGUGCCGGCAUACCAGCCCUCGUAGUCGCUAUCCAAGUGUUCUUCUGCCCGGAGUCCCCUCGCUGGUGCAUGAUGAAAGGUCGUUACGUGCAAGCCUUCCAGUCCCUUCGCAAACUGCGUCACACGGAGCUCCAAGCCGCGCGCGACCUCUACUACAUUCAUGUCCUCCUUGAGGCCGAGAAAGAAGCGGACCGACGGACGCGCAACAAGUUCCUCGAGCUCUUCACCGUCCCGCGCAACCGCCGCGCCACACUCGCGUCUGGGAUCGUCAUGUUCAUGCAACAGUUCUGCGGCAUCAACGCGAUCGCAUACUACUCCUCCAACAUCUUCGUCCAGGGUGGCCUCGGCGUCCACAACGCGCUCAUCGCGUCUUGGGGAUACGGCAUGAUCAAUUUCGUUUUUGCUGGGCCCGCGGUAUGGACCAUCGACACCUUCGGCCGACGCAACCUUCUACUCGUCUCCUUCCCGCUCAUGGCGUUCUUCUUGCUCAUGACUGGCUUCGCGUUCUCCGCGCAUGUCGGGAUCAUCGCGCUGGGAAUCUACUUGUUCAGCGCCGCGUACUCUCCCGGAGAAGGCCCUGUGCCGUUCACGUACUCGGCUGAGGCGUUCCCGUUGUACGUGCGCGACAUGGGCAUGUCUAUGGCGACCGCGUUGCUCUGGUUCUUCAACUUCGUCAUCGCGCUCACCGUACCCGCCCUCCUCGGUGCCUGGACGCCCCAAGGCACCUUCGGCUGGUUCGCCGCGUGGAACAUCUUCGGCUUCUUCGCCGCGCUCCUCUUCGUGCCCGAGACCAAGGCGCUCUCGCUCGAGGAGCUCGACCAGGUGUUCAGCGUUUCGACGCGCGCGCACGCCGCGUACCAGCUCCGCGCGCUCGGCCACAACUUCCGCAAGCACGUGCUGCGCCGGCGCGUCGGCGACGUCCCGCCGCUGUACGAGCACGAGCGCGAGGAGGCGGAGGGCAAGAGUGCGGGCGUCGCCGCGGCGUGA